AUGCAGAAGCGAAGAACUCGCCCCGACCCGGUAUCAUGUGAAUCUUGCCGCUCGAAAAAGCUCAAGUGUAAUCGAGUCCAGCCAUGCUCGAACUGCGCAACUCGGGACCUCACUUGCAGCUUCCGCGCGCCAUUACAGAAACGUGCCCAGCAAAGUUCGGCACCAUCAAACAACAUAGAUAUCCUUUCGAAGCGUAUUGAUCGUCUUGAGGCUCUCAUUCUUUCGGGAAACACCUCGAACACCACACCCAAGACGAGUCGUUCGGCGCCUGAGCCCGUUAUUGCUGAGGCCACUGCCUCCGGACUAGAUCAGGGCCCAGAUCAGGACUUACAGGCCCUUGAAAACAUCGGGACUGGGGACAUAUCUGCAUUCCUCACGUUGUCGAAGGACCCGGCUUUCAUGAUUAGCGGCAUCCACGAUAUCCUCGAGACACAAGGCCGGGCGGAAACCCCCGAUCCUGCCUCCGAAGUUAUUGCUUUUAGCGAUAGGCCUGUCGCUUUCCCUCCUUUCAGAAGUGCUUCCUUGUUAUUCGACAACUACGAGACCAAUGUGGAUCAUGUCUGCCGCAUACUGCACAACCCGACGGUCCAGUCCCGCAUGCAGACCUUCUACCUGAACAUCAGCCAGCAGGAGCCCGUCGCACCAGCAGAGGCUGCUCUGUUCUUGUCUAUCCUGGCGCUCAGUUCUUUCUUUUACCCUCCUUCGCCGAGCUCCGAGACAUCAAUCACAGAGCGCGAUGCUGUGGGCCUGUCGAGGUAUUGGAGCACCUGUGCCUUGGAGGUGUUGCAUCAAUCACAGCAAAGGACCCUCUCGUGGACCCUGGAGCAUGUACAAACGUACAUCCUACUCUCGUUCGUCACUUACCAUCUGGAUGGGUUCUCAGCCAAGGGGCGCUAUAUGUCGACAGCCGCUAUUUCAGGGGCUCGGGAACUCCGUCUCCAUCGGCUAGAUACUGAGGCUGGAUCGAUUGAUGAAAGCCGGCUAAGCCCUCGAGACAAGAUAGAUCGCGAGGUCAAGAGACGAGUGUUCUGGCACUUGACUGCGACAGAUUGGUUACAUGCGACGAUUUCAGGUCCACAAGAAGGGAUGUACUUCAUACAGCUGAAUCAAGUGAGCGUUCGGCUUCCUCUGGAUUGCAACGAUAACGAGAUUUCUUUGGGUCAGUCUCCAGAAGCAAUUGGAGUGACCCGGCCGACCAGCAUGACCUUUUACUUGGCGAGAGUUCGACUAGCCCAUAUCUGCCGCCAGAUGGCCGACACGAUACCCCUGGAGACGUCCGCACUCAUGCGUAUACCUUAUGACCACAUCUUGGUUCUGGACCAGAAGCUCGAGGACUUCCUCUGCGACCUCCCGUUCUACCUCCGACUCGACAACGAAAGCCGCGCGAGGAGCCGGGUCCUCGAGACCGUGUUCCCCAAGAUCCCGAUCAUGCGGUACUGCAUCGCCGCAGCGGCCCACAGCCGGCGCUGCCGACUGCACCACAGAUUCCUGCUCCGACUCUCGUCCGACCCGCGGUACGGGUAUUCGCGGCGGGCAUGUCUGGCGUCGGCGCGCGCCGUCGUGCAGUGCUACCACGACGCCGGGGGCGGCCCUGACGCACCCUCGCCGACCACUGCCACGGCGCGCAUGGCCAUGGCCGUACAUUACACGCACCUGGCGCUCGUGAUCAUGGUGAUGGAUCUGUGCUUCAAUAAGACCGAAGCGGACCACGGGCAGAGACGGGCUGAAGUCAAGGAGGCUUUGGGUAUGCUAGAGGCUGCAAGGCACGUCUCCCCUCUGGUCGAACGUUCUCUGAACGCGCUGCACGAGGUCUUGCAGAAACACGGGAUUGAGCUUGACAAAGCGGAGACAUCGUUGGGCCACGAUGUGAGUGACUUCAACAGGCCGCACGCAUCGGCUGAAUCACAACAUGAUUUUUUUUCGUCCAUUGCAGUAUCUGGACAAGGCGCAGCGGAUCCGGGUCUGGGGAUCGGUCCUUCCUUUGACGACUUGUGGCAGUUUGCGGAACAGCCCGACAUAGGUCUUGAUACAAGUUCGGGGGCGCCGACAUCGAAAUUCGGCGAACGACCAUCCCACCGCCCAGAUCGCAACUCGUCUGGAUCGACGGCCUUGAACUCUCACGAGCUACCUCUUCCCGCCGCGGCGCAGUACUCAGACACAAUGUGCAUCGCUGGGGUGGGCAACCGAACCCGAACUGACCCGUCGUCGUCCGCCCGCAGCAAGCACGUCCUGAACGCGCAGGUCAGCAUCCGGUCGCCGUGCUGCCGCAAGUGGUUCGACUGCGCCGAGUGCCACCACGAGAACGAGACGCACGCGCUGCGGCCGACGCUGGAGAUGACGUUCGCGUGCAAGAAGUGCCGCAAGUGCUUCCGCAAGGAGGUCGAGCAGUUCGAGGAGGCCGACGAGUACUGCCCGCACUGCGACAACCACUUCGUGCUCGAGGCCGUCGUGCCCAAGCCCGCCCUGCGCGUCGAGGGCGAGGACGCCCGCGUCGACAACCGCAUGCUCAAGGACGACCGCGCCCGCGAGCACCGCGACGAGCUGCGCACCGUCUUUGAUAUCGACAAGGACGCCGACCGCCUGGGUUGA